AUGGCUUCAACACAAACCGAGAGCGCGCGCGCAGCGCCGCCUGCCACGGCGCAAACAUCUCAGUACCGCACGUCGAAGCGCCCCGUUCCGACCGACCUCCAAGGCAAACCGAUCCCUCAGAAAGAGAGAUGGCUGUACGCGACAACGGCACUCGGCAAUGGCUCGAAGCUCCGCUCCCUGACCGCCAACGCCGUUCUCAUCACCGCGUUUGUGCUGUUUAACUCGUCCUCCUAUGGCCGCAGUGUGUACGACAACCUCGAGCGUACAUACGGAGAGUACAACUUGAACUUGUGGGGCACCUUCAUUAUCACGUCUGUCUUCUUCUGGGUCUGGGGUGCCGUGUUCGCGAUCCCCGAUCUUACCGGGUGGCCGAGGUGGCUGUUCAAGUACAAGACGCAACCCUUUAUUCGCGUGAGCGGGCAAGAAUACCUGCGCAUCUUCGCCAUUGGGCUGCGCAACCAGUUCUUCGUCGCCCUGCCUCUCGUCGCGCUCACCGUUCACCUCGGUCAGAUCAGGCCAGUCAGUUCGGCGGCGCUGCCAGGGCCACUGCGGACCGUCGCUACCGUCAUCUUCGACAUGCUCUGCACGGAGGUGGGCUUCUACUACAUCCAUCGGUCGUUUCACUCCAAGGGCCUCUACUCCUUGUUUCACAAGCAGCACCACGAAUUCACGGCUCCCGUGGGAAUCGCCUCGACGUACUGCUCCAUGACGGAGCACGUAUUCUCGAACCUGUUGCCCAACGUCCUCGGCGCAAUGAUCGUGCCGCACCACUGGGCCCAGCAGGUCUUUAUUUUCGUCUCUCUCGAGUUCGGGACCAUUUGCUCCCAUUCCGGGUACAACAUUCCGUGGAUGUCGUCCAAUCUGCAGCACGACUUCCACCACUUUGCCUUUGAUGAGAAUUUUGGGCCGACGGGGCUGUUGGAUGCGUUUCAUCGGACCAACGCCAAGUUUAAGAAGACGAUGCAGGAGGCGAGGCAACGGACGGAAGGAGACGAAGAGCGGGCGAGGCGGAUGGUCUUGGAGAGACUCGCUACGAUCGAGAGCGAAGACACGGCGGCGAAGCGUAAGUGA